CCGCUUCCGCUCCUUUACGUUGUUGCUCCCGCAGACCUUUACUCCAUGCGUCGUCAAGCAACUGCCCUACAGUGACGCGCAACAGUGCGAAGAGCGAGCGACGGUCGUGACAGGAAGGGUGCUGGUGGUGAAGACUUUGACGGUGGCAUUUUCGUGGAGAGGUGGAGUCUCCCCUCGUGAUAGUGGUCGCUGUGGUGUGGUUGUGCCGCGUGUAUACAUGCGGUCCGAUGCCUGUACGUGUAUCUAGCUGAUAUUUGGCUGGGGUUGGUGAACUGGAUCGUUCCAUUGACGUACGUCCGGGAUGCGCUUGUUCAAGGGUACGAUGACCGGUCCCGAUGUGGCUUCUGCCUGCAUUGGACUGCUGCUGGUUAUUGCUCUGCCGUGCUCUGGCGGAACAGUUGCAACGUACGCAUGUCCGGAAGGAAAAGAGGUGUUCCUCCUGGCCACGAACGCCCGGCUGGACAGCGAGGUGCACUCGAGCGUGUACGGUACUAACCUCACCGAGUGCGUGGAGUCUUGCCGACGAGACGUCAGCUGCCGCUCGCUGACGUUCGUUAAGAACAACACGGAUACGCUGUGUCAGCUCAUGGGAGCUGCCAUCGCCUCCGGCCUGCUCAUGCACGAGCGGACGCUUUCGCCUGUCAAUGGUGUCUAUUACCUCGAGAAGAUUUGCCUCAAAGGAGCCUGCGACCGGCUAUUUGUCGUGGAAUGGAUCCAGGGCAUGGAGUUGGAAGGCCACGACAACAAGGUGCUACAGAACAUUACUCAACAUCAAUGCUUGGAAGCCUGUUCUACGGAAAGAGCCUUCGUCUGCCGUUCAACGGAAUACGACAGUUCAGUAUCCGAAUGCCGUCUCAGCCGUUACGACCGUUUCUCCAGGCACAUUCAUUUCAAGAAGGCCGACCAGUCAGUCAGUUACUACGACAACACUUGCGCGUACAACCCCGUUAAUGGUGGCCAUACAGCGGAAAUCUUGUUGCUAGGCAACGUGGAGCACCCGUACAGCCUGGUAGAAUUCCGAGACCUCUCUGUGAGCGAGUGCGGCGAGAUGUGCCUUCGGAACGCCCUGUUCCCCUGCCGGUCUUUCCUAUUCGGGCGACAAGCUGGCCAAGGCACCUACUGUGGCCUCACGCAUCAGAACAGGGCGGGACUGCUCCAGAAUCCCGGCAGCUUUGAACCGUCUCACAGUCUCAACUAUUAUGAGAUCGCAAGGAACAUUGACUCAUGCGAUGACGAAGACGUCAAGUUCGAGCUGGUUUCGGGCAAGUAUAUGACCGGUCGACCCCUGAAGAGUUCCUUCACGACAUCCCCUCACCAGUGUCUAAUGCAAUGUCGGGUGGAAAUCAAGUGCCGUUCCGUGUCGUACGACUACCGGAAGCGUCUCUGCCACACCCAUUCCGACACGCUGCGGACGGGACCCGACUCCAACGUCAAGGCUAAUCCGGAGAUGAAUUACUUCGAGAAAGUGUGCCUGUCUACCGGCACAUCCUGCGACAAGCAUUGGGCCUUCGAGCGCGUACCGGGCAAAGAACUCAAAGUGGCGGACAAAGUGGUGGUGGAAGCCAAUACCCGUGAAGAGUGUCAAGCUGCGUGCAUGGCUCACACAGACUUCCGUUGCCAUUCAGCCGAGUUCAACUAUCAGCUCAGCGAAUGCCGUCUGUCGGCACAUUCACGCUUCACCAUCUUGCCGUCGGGAGCCAAGUUAGAAGACUCAAAAUUCGUCGUGGACUACUUCGAAAACAACUGCUUUCAGGAAAUCCGGAACUUCUGCAACACGAAGAAACAGCGCGACCAAGAGCUUGUGCUCGCGGACUUAUCCAUCGGAACGGUGUCCUACGAGGACUGCUUCCAGAGGUGCCUGCACAGCGUCGACUUUGUGUGUCGGUCGUUCAGCUUCGAGAAGGAGACGCAGACCUGCUACCUGAGCCACCACACGCUCAAGUCAGCACCCAAGGGUGCGGCGCUUCGCUUACCAGGCACGGACCUUGUGGAACUCGCAGCUUGCUUUGAUGUAUCCGUGGAAUGCGAGCCUCACGUGAUGCGAGCGCAAGUUCGCAGCAACAUGGUGUUCAAGGGGAAAGUUUAUGCCAGGGGAAAGCCCAGUACCUGCUCGCUGGACGUAAGCAACAGUAUGGACUUCACACUGCCCAUCCACCUCACUGGACCUGACUGCGGUACUGUCAGCAAGACGGAAGGCCACUUCGCAAAUGUACUGGUGAUUCAGAGCAACGACCAGGUCGUCACAGCUAUGGACAAGGCCAUCGGCGUCUCUUGCACGUUCGAUGUAGGAAACAAGACCGGGAUUGCCGACACUAAAGUCAUGGACCCGAAGAAGACAGACAGCAGCAAAGGGAAGCCCAACCUCCCCGAUCUGUCGCUCCACAUCCUGGAUAUGCGGGGCAACGAGAGGGAUUCCGUUUCACUCGGGGAGUUGUUAAAGGUUCAAGUGAGGAUGUCGGAAGAAGACACUUACGGCAUAUUCAUAAGGAACCUCAUCGCCAAAGACGGCAUCGGCUCAACAAACCUCACCCUUAUCGACAACUCCGGCUGUCCCGUCGAGGCGAAGAUGAUGCGGGAGAUACGGACCAUCGAUUCGCAGAGCAAAUCCCUGGAAAGCUACUUAGAGGCAUUCGCCUUCACGGGGAGCAGCACUCUGGAACUAGAGGCUGAAGUGGUCACGUGCCUGGAACGCUGCAAGCCGGUUUUAUGCCAAAUACCAACGGGAAGACGAGAAGACGACACAGAAACGGUGACGUCAUUUGGUAGACGACGAAGGAGCGCACACGACCCUCUCCCGUCGGAUGAACUUGGCCAGACAACGUUGACAAAAACCCUUUCCAUCAUGGCUGCUGAAUUUGGAGUCGGAGGUCCAAAAGAAGACGUCAACUACGCAUUUCCGGUCACUGCACCGACGCCAUCUGCUGGGAAGUCGGGCAACAUGGAUGACCUUAUUUCCGAACACCUCGGUGUCGUCUGCUUCGAACCGACAACAUCAGCUGUCAUCGGCGGCAUGCUACUCUUCAUCGAAGUGUUCUGCUUCAGCACGUGCCUCGCUUUCGCACUGCGCAGGCGCAAGGGGAAACCCAAGGACGAACCCAUCUGCUACGAUAACACUGUAGAGAGUUCAGACUUUCCGUGCUCACCGGCCUAUUGAACAUGCGUCGUCGUCUCAAAGGAAUAUGACUACAACUUCACAUUUCUUGUCUUCUGCGACUUCAAAGUUAUAUUUUGUACGACUCUAUCCUUGAAGGUGCACUACACCGAGGCUGAAAAAUGAGACUACGAAGGAGCCGUCUUGACAUUGUACGUGAGUGUUCGAUGAAGACGGCAGCGUCAAUCCUCAACGGACAUUGCAAACUUUUAUUGAGACACAGAUGAUUCGACACGGAUAGACGGACUUACAGUUCUCUUGGUGGUAUACAAGGUACGACUACGGGAUGCGUAAGACUAAGACCAGACUUGGCCUGGACCAGAACGACGAGGAGGAGCCAGUGCCUGCUGUGCUCGAGAUAAGAAACCAACGCGUCUACGACCACAGUUUUCGCAAGACCAAAUCCCAGAGGUCCUCCUUUCCUAGCUAUAACAGAACGAAGGAAAGAUGGCUAGUUCAAGGAGUGGCACUUGCUACUUCCUGGCCACUUGUUCACGGGGAUUUAUCUGUACAACAUCACGCCAUGUGAAAGAUGCUGCACUGGUUAUCUCAUGACCUGCGUCAUUGGUGUUCAUGCUGAAGCAUAUUAUGGUAAUGCAGGUCAUGCAGGACUGCUGAGUCUGCGGUGAACCAGAAUAAACGGGUGCGGUACAUCUGCCGGCAGUGUGACAUCGCGCGGUGUCUCGCGUUUAUAGGGCUAACGUCUCGCAACGGCUUUCCUGAACGCGACCUACACAAAGACGCUCCCAAAGUUCCUGACAUUAAAGCCAGUAUUUCAACAGUGCGAUGGUCACAACUAAACAGUGGAAUUGUGGACAACACAUAGCUCCUUGCAGGUCAACCUGCUCCGACCUGAUCUUUCCAUAUUUAUUCUCCACGUCCCCUUGGGGACAGUCUUUUUGAAAGCGCCCUUGGGUAUACAAAGAUGUAGGGUAUGGGGUAUUCUCUUCUGGUGAAGGUGUUUUUUUUUUUUAUGUUUCGAAAUUCGUUCCAGGGGUGAGCGAUUUCAGCAGUGACAAUGCAUAUUUUAGACAUCGUUACUGUUCUGUGAUCCGGGGGGUGUUGGGGAAACCGUUUUUUUUUUUCCUUUUUGCUGUAUGAACGAUGGUUGCAAUUCUUGCGUGCGUUCUUGUCUUUUGUUCAGUGGUGUGGCUUCCAGAAAUCCAAACUGUUACGUACACGAUCAACUUCGACACAGAACAAGCCUGGUCAUGUUAAGACCGCAAUGCCAAACUCCGUCCAAAAUAUUUGAAAAGGAAAACAUGUCAUGGUCAUAAAAAGCAAUACUGCGACGGUAUUGGAAGAAGUCGUGUUCUCAAUUCUGUACCAUGUUCCUCUACGUUUCUUCGCGAUGAAGAAGUGUGAUCAUUGUUUACAAAUAAAGUGUGGGAGCUC